CCCAGACCCAACCCAGACCCAACAUUGUGGUUAUGGCCCAGGUCGCCCUAGCAAACCCCUUCCCCUUUACCUGCAUUUGUUUAUCCUCGACCGGCAGGUUCCGUGGUCAUGGCGACCCUCAGCAUCGACGCACUCCCUACGGAGAUGCUCUCUCACAUCUUCAGCUUCCUCGACGGCCCGGCCCCUUCUGACGAGCGCCUGCACGACCAGCCCCAUGCCCAUAUGCUCAAGGAAGCCGACCUCUCGGCCCAGAGCCUCAAAAAUAUCUCCCUUGUUAAUAAGCAAUGGCGAGCCACAGUGCUCCCCCUUCUAUUCCGGAAUGCGAUUUGCUACUUGGACCAGUCCGACCUGUCUCUCGUGGAUCUCGAACAGUCCAGCGGCCCUCACUCGCUGACACCCCUGCUGUCCUUCGUACGAGACAACAACCUCACCCCAUACGUGAAAUCGCUUACCCUCGUCGUGGUAAAGAGCACGAGGGUGAGGUCCACCGGUGUCGGCGGCGUUGAUUUAACCCACGCGGGAGAUGGCGAAUACAGCCCAGAUCCGUUUGGUCCGCUGAGCCGAGGUGGUCGAGAGAGAGAUAUGGUUUUCAACGAGGACUCAAACUGGCUCUGGAACCUGAUCUUCGACCUGGUCGACCCUCUUCGCUUCACCAUCAUUGCAUCGCCACGCACACUAGCAUCACUGCUGGCCAGGAUGCUCUUCCUCGGUGACGCCUGGAGUUUUUACCAGUCUCACCACGUUUUAUCCUUGUCACGUAAUUCAGAAACGGCCGUGAGCCCCAACAGGGAACUCGAAGUUGGUUCUUCGGAGCAAGCAGGAGUCAGAGAGCAGUCCUCUUUGGCGUCCGCCCCGGUCGCCCGCCAGGCCAGACGCAUACCAUGCUUCCUCUUUACCAUCCGCCCUUGGGACGCUCUCCUACUCAAUGAGGGCUCUUCAACCCGCGUUUAUAAGACGUAUGAGUACUAUCACAGACGCCCGCCAUCCAUGCUCGGCGCUCUCCUCGGGGCCGAGGAAUUCCCCAACGACGAGCCCCUGAUCCCUUCUACGAUCCGCGAUCUCAGCUAUGUCGGUAUCUUUCCAUUGUCGACGCAUUUCAACACCUUGGUGCAGAAUCUCCCACGAGUCGACCGGCUCUUUGUGCAGCUUGUACCGCGGAAUGACAUCCUUAAAGACAAGAAGGAGAUGGAGCACUUGGAUAUGGACGACCUGUGGGCUGAGCGUAAUACGAGCUAUAGCAAGAUCAUGCCCAAGUUGUUUGAUAGCUCCAGCUCCGCAGGUAACUGGCGCUAUCUUCAGGUCUUCGAGUCAGGAGAUGCAGCGGACCGCGAGAGUUGGGAUAUGGCGGUGGAAUACGUUAGACACUUCGGCACUGAAUGGAGAGUUGAGAGUGAAGGUGUCUUCGUGAAGCGACAACCAAGGGAAGACGAAACUGACGCAUCUGCCAUGGGGGCAUCACAUGCUCAUGGCGAUGGCGGGGACCUCGGCGGAGAUUCUGGCAGUGAUGAGGAUCACCCUGAAGGGCCCGGCCCGGUGUUUUUCCGAGGUGCUCUCCGCCGCUUUGCCUUCACAGGGGUCACUAUGCUGCCUUUGAGCAGUGUGUGGCUGUAUCGUCAGCAGACGGAGCCAUAGGAGGAUUUCGUCGAGUCUAUCGUGGCCUUCCAGACCCGAGUUGAUGACCAGUUCUGGUCCAUGUCUUCUUGAGUACCCGAGGACUUUCUCGUGGCGCUGGAGUCUAAUCUUCCGCAGCCAAAUGCGGACCGAGAGGCAUCAUUGAUGGCCGAGGAUGGAUAUCCUUGAAUAGUGAGUGAAUGACUCCUGGUCACUAGCCUACCCUGACGCGGUUGCCGUGGAGUGACCUCGAAGGACAUGAGCUAUAAGAGGACAUCUUGUAUCCAUAAGAGAAAGAACAAAUGCCCACAGCCACCAUUGCCUUGAACGAGCAUACAAGCCCAUCAAAACACAGUUGGCAUCAUUACCUCCCCAGUCGAUGUUUGGGAGUUUUAUUGCUGCAGAAGUGGCAUAAAUCGCGGCCAGGAACCGACAGGUUUUGCAUUGGAAACAUGCCAGAACGCUCGUCAAAGCUACCUCCCACUACAUUUCCGAUUUUGAAUCAAACGCGUCCGGCCGCUUUCAGCUUCUUUCCCACUACUACUACUCCUUUACAAUAGUGGAGCCUCUUCAGUCUUCUGCCCAAGCCCUCUGAUCUAAGUGCCUGCAUGAAGUUGGGUCAGAGGUCAACGAUCAACGAUCAACGUGGUCAAUACUUGCAAUCUAGUAGUACUACAUACCUAGGUAGUAGCAUAGUAGGCACCAUGAUUUUUAUGAAGUGUGAAAUGACCAAUGGCAGGGUCUGCCAUGAAGAUGACACAGGAUUUCCGACCCCAUGGGGUCAUGCGCCAAGGGUCUUUACUGGUUGGGUCACAACGGUGCUACUGUGUACGUUCCGAGUGAGGCGGCCGUGCCGCACCCCUGAAGGCAGACACUUAUAGACGCACGAAGCCAGUAAAGGCAGGUCCUCCCGGCGAUAGGAGCUGGCCAUCACAGACCUCUUGCUGGCUGAUGCAGUGC